ACUGGGCCUGGGCCUUCAAACUGGCACAUGAGGAUUAUACUAGUCAUCAACUACGGUACGUAGGAGUCUGACUAAUUCUGAGAGUCUCCGUCUCUGGCCUCCAGAAUUCUCAACCCCUGACCACACCCAUGGCUCGAUCAUUCCUGAUCUUCGGUUUGAUUUCUCUUUUGCUGGUCUCUUUCUCUCUUGGAAGCUCAGUAGACGUACCCUUCAUCGUGGCGCACAAGAAGGCCUCCCUCACCAGGCUUAAGUCCGGCGCCGAACACGUCUCCGUCUCCGUAGACAUCUACAACCAAGGAUCCUCGACUGCAUAUGAUGUAAUCCUUACUGACAAUAGCUGGCCUCAAGAUUUAUUCGAAGUUGUAAGUGGUAACACUUCAAUCUCAUGGGAAAGGCUUGAUGCGGGUGGUCUUCUAACGCACUCUUUUGAGUUGGAGGGCAAAGCAAAAGGAUUGUUCUAUGGUGCUCCAGCUGUCAUUACAUUCCGCAUCCCCACAAAGGCUGCCCUGCAGGAAGCAUACUCAACUCCAAUCUUGCCUUUAGAUGUCCUUGCAGAUAGACCCCCGGAGAAGAAGUUUGAGUGGGCCAAGAAGUUGCUGGCAAAAUAUGGGUCUCUCGUGUCUGUGAUCUCCAUUAUGGUUCUGUUUGUGUACCUGAUCAGUACCCCAUCGAAAUCCAGCGCUGCGAAAGGAAGCAAGAAGAAGCGCUGAGCAUGAGAGAUUUGGUUUUGAUGAAUAGCUCGAGGCCCGGGCCUCUACUGCCAUGAUGCUGUUUGGUUUUUGUUUUUUCGCCAUUUUGCCCCCGAGUUUAGGAAUUUUGUUGACAACUUUAAAAUGAAAUGAAACUUAUAGUUACGUGCACAAGUGCUUAAAUUAUCGUCGACACUGCUAAUUUCUAGGAAAAAGUUGUACUACGUGUUUUCAGGACAAA